AAAAAAAAGAAGAAAAUUAAGUGCAUCAUGAUACGGCCAGGUAUACUUGAGAUUAGACGAACCAAACCCGGAUUUGUUUGCAUGGAACAAACCGGAUUUGAUAAUCAACUAUACGUCCGUAAUUUUUGGUAGUAAUCCGAUUACAGCUUCGUAAUUAAUAGUAUCCAAAAACAAUUCUGAAUUCUGAAGUAGAAGAGAGAAGCUUAAUCAUCGUGAAGUAGCUAUUUGCUGAAAAACGCUAAUAGAAAUCAAUUAUCAUCCUUUAAUCUCUUCACCGUGGUCACACAUUCAGUAUUUUCAACACCGGAGUAUCAUUUGCGUUUUGAUUAACAUCUGGAGGCGUGUAAAAAUGGAUUUGCUGACUAGCUGCAAGGAUAAGCUGGCACAUUUUCGGGUAAAGGAGCUCAAAGAUGUUCUUACUCAACUUGGUCUCUCAAAGCAAGGAAAGAAGCAGGACCUUGUUGAUCGCAUAUUAGCUAUUCUUUCAGAUGAACGAGGUGAGCAGCCAGUUCCGGUAAUGUGGGCAAAGAAAAAUAGUGUUGGAAAGGAAGAGGUUGCAAAACUUGUUGAUGGGAUUUACAGAAAAAUGCAAGUGUCUGGAGCAACUGACCUAGCAUCUAAGUCACAAGUUGUCUCAGACAGCAGUAAUGUAAAGUUAAAAGAGGAAAUUGAAGAUACAUACCAGAUGAAGAUUCGAUGUCCCUGUGGAAGCUCAUUACAAACUGAAACAAUGAUUCAGUGUGAAGACAGAAGAUGCCGCACAUGGCAACAUGUGAGUUGCGUCGUCGUUCCAGAAAAGCCCAUGGAAGGGGGUGUUCCGCCAAUUCCUCCUGAAACUUUUUACUGUGAAUUGUGCAGAUUGAGUCGUGCGGACCCCUUUUUGGCGACGAUGGCAAACCCUUUAUAUCCUGCUAAGUUGGCUAUUACUAGCGUUCCUGUAGAUGGCACGAGCCCUAUACAAAGGAUUGAGAAAACAUUUCAUCUUACUAGAGCAGACAGAGACUUAUUGCUAAAGCAGGAAUAUGAUGUUCAGGUUUGGUGCGUGCUUCUCAAUGACAAGGUACAAUUUAGGAUGCAAUGGCCUCAGUAUGCUGAUUUGCAGGUCAAUGGAAUUCCAGUACGGUGCAUAAAUAGACCUGGUUCACAAUUGCUGGGUGCAAAUGGCCGAGAUGAUGGCCCAAUAAUCACACCAUGCUCCAGAGAUGGAAUUAACAAAAUUAUAUUAACAGGAUGUGAUGCUCGUGUCUUUUGCUUGGGGGUUAGACUUGUAAAUCGCCGGACUUUCCAACAGGUUCUCAAUUUGAUCCCUAAGGAGGCAGAUGGUGAGGUAUUUGAUGAUGCUCUUGCUCGCGUUCGUCGUUGUGUUGGUGGUGGGACUGCCACUGAAAAUGCUGACAGCGACAGUGACCUUGAAGUGGUUGCUGAUUUUAUUCCAGUCAAUCUUCGAUGCCCUAUGAGUGGUUCAAGAAUGAAAGUCGCCGGAAGAUUCAAACCUUGUGUGCAUAUGGGCUGCUUUGAUCUUGAAGUCUUUGUUGAAAUGAAUCAAAGGUCGAGGAAGUGGCAAUGCCCUAUCUGUCUCAAGAACUACUCCCUGGAGCAUGUGAUUAUAGACCCAUAUUUUAAUCAGAUCACUUCUCAGCUGCGAACUUGCGGAGAAGAAGUGACUGAGAUUGAAGUAAAACCUGAUGGUUCUUGGCGUGCAAAGGCAGAAGGCGACCGAAGGAAUCUUGGGGAUCUAGGGCGGUGGCACUUACCUGAUGGGAAUCUCAUAGAAUCUCAGGAUAUAGAGCCAAAAACCAAGCCUGGAAUUCUUAAGCAUGUUAAACAGGAAGGAGGCUCUGAAAGCCACAGUGGACUAAAAGUUGGGUUGAAGAAGAACAGAAAUGGUUUGUGGGAAAUUAGCAAACCUGUAGAUAUGCAGACAUUGCCAUACGAAAAUAGUGUAAGAGAGAAUUUUGAAAAUCAGAUUCAGGAUAUCAUUGCCAUGAGCAGCAGUGCCACUGGUAGCGGCAAGGAAGGUGAAGAUCUCAGUGUUAAUCAGGAUGGGGAUGUUAACAUUGACAAUUCUAACAAUGGGUUUGAGCUUGAAACCAUAUCCCCAAAUUUUGGUCCGAGAUAUGGUUUUAACGGCCGUAAUCCCCCAGCACCCUCAGGAGAUGCUGAAGUUAUUGUCCUAAGCGAUUCUGACGGAGAAAACGAGCCACUUAUCUCUUCUACAUCUAUUCAUAGUAACAAUCAUGCUGAUGCACCUAUAGUCUCUUUUCCUGGUCGACCUAAAGGAAUUUCAGAUUCUUGCCAUGACAACCAUGCAGUUGUUAAUGAUGGGAAUUCAUGCCUGGGGCUGUUCAGUGCAAAUGAUGAUGAAUAUGGGAUGGAUAUGUGGCCUUUGCCUACUGUUAACCAGGGGGGCCCGAGCUUUCAGUUAUUUGGUUCAGAUACUGAUGUCUCAGGUUCUUUAGUAGAUAUGCAGCAUGGUUCUAUUAACUGUCCAAGCUCUAUCAACGGCUACUCAUUAGCUGCAGAUACUGGCGUUGGAUCUUGUGCUCUUCUUCCCGAAUCUUCUGUUGAUCGUCUGAAUGCUGAAAUCAAUGAUGGUUUAGUUAAUAAUCCCCUAUCAUUUGGUGGUAAUGAUCCCUCACUUCAGAUAUUUCUUCCUACUAGACCAUCGGAUGCAUCAGUUGAGGCUGAUACGAGGCAUCGGCCAGGUGUGAGAAAUGGCGUUCAUACUGAGGAUUGGAUUUCACUUAGUCUUGGCGCUGGUGGUGAUUCUGCAGCUGCGAAUGGGUUGAGCUCUGGGCAGCCGUCGCAAACCAAAAACUCUUCCUUGGACUCAGUGGCUGACACUGCUUCAUUGCUUCUUGGUAUGAAUGACGGAGUAUCAAUGAAGAGCAGUAAAGAAAGAUCAAAUGGUCCAAGCAGCAGAGAAAGAUCAGAUGGUCCUUUUAAUUUCCCUCGCCAACGUCGUUCUGUAAGACCCAGAUUGUAUCUAAGCAUUGAUUCCGACACUGAAUAAGGUGCAGAUUUCACAUUGGCGGAAUAAUGGUUGCUUCUAGUGCAGAACAUGUGUACUCUACCACAUGAUAAAUUGUUUGUAAGAUCUUCUCUGCAGUGAUUCGGUGAAUCCAUCUUUUUGACUCGGAGAUGAGCAUGCAUCUGCCAUCAGUACUCUUCUAACUCCUAUGCUGGAACUUAAGAAUUUCCGUGAUUGGUGAGUGCUUAACUCUCCAAAUUUGUAUUCUGUGAUCUGGAUUCUGACCAGUGCCCGGUCGUAUUUUUUCUAUUCCAUUUGGUAGGUGAUACCUUGAAAGGUUACUCACCAAUGUAUUGUACAUUUGGAUAGCUUAGCUAAUUCUUAUAAGUUUUGGUAUCACCAGUUGGUAAAUUACCACUGGAUGUACAGUAGCAAUAGAGAGGAGCCCUUUUUAUUCAUUGAGAACCUCCUCUUGCCUCAUACAAGGGGCCGAUAGCCUGUAAAUCUUGUUACAUAGUUCGACUAAUUUUAUAGACUAAAUAUUUUUUGAAAUGUGUUA